AUGAUGCUGCGGCAGGACUUUGUCCAAUGCCACCCUCCAAUCAUCACGUCUUCAGACUGCGAAGGCGCUGGAGAGGUGUUCACCGUUGCACCAUAUGCGCCAUCCACGUCGACAUCUGAACCCGCCAACCAGGCCAAAGAGCACGACGAUCAUUUCUUUGGUUCUCCAAAGUACCUGACUGUUUCAAGUCAGCUACACCUAGAGGCACUAGCUCAGUCAGUGAACAAGGUCUGGACUCUAUCGCCAACGUUCCGCGCAGAGAAGAGCGAUACAGCACGUCAUCUGAGCGAGUUCUACAUGCUUGAAGCAGAACUAGCAUUUGUGGAUGACCUGCAAGUCGUCAUGAAUGUCGUUGAGGACCUGUUGCGCGCUGUUGCAACCGAAUUACAGUCUUCAGUCGUUGGGCAAGAGUUACUCGAGAGUCGAGCACGAGAUCACAGCACCGAAUCUGCUUCCUUGUCGCGUGAUGCACUUGCACAACGUUGGCAGGGUCUGAUAGAUGGGCCAUGGCCUCGAAUCACGUACGAAGCCGCGCUGCAACAUCUCAACGAUGCCGUGAAGCAAGGCAAGGCAGCCUUUGAAUUUGCACCUGGGCAUGAAGAUGGUCUUCAGACAGAGCACGAGCGCUAUCUGGCUGAAAGCCUCGGACGAAGUGGGCCUGUCUUCGUGACUGACUAUCCGCGCAACAUCAAGCCGUUCUACAUGGCGCCAUCAGCUGACUUGCAAGCCGAGGGACAGACUCCAUCGACGGUCGCAUGUUUCGACCUGCUCGUGCCAGAGCUCUGCGAGUUGGUCGGAGGAUCCAUGCGCGAGCACCGGCUACCCGAGCUUUUGAAGUCGAUGCAAGACCACGGGCUCCCGACACAAGGCAUGGGCGAGACCGAGUCUGAGGUAGCACGUGGCUCAUUGCAAUGGUACGUCGAUCUACGACGAUACGGAAGUGUGCCGCACGGGGGGUUUGGCCUUGGGUUCGACCGUCUUUUGUGCUACCUCUCUGGCGUAUCCAACAUCCGGGAUGUCGUCAGCUUUCCACGCUGGCAUAAGCGGUGCGACUGCUAG